AUGAAAAUCGUAAUUUGGCAUUCUUGUUUCUGUUCUAGGACGGUGGCCUCAGAGGUUCGGAAGCAGGUCUCCAGAGAGUACGGAGGGUCUCCACAGCUUUCCAAGAAGCGAGGAGGAAGUCAGCAAUCAGUCCCCCUGACGGACGUGGUUGAGCCACUCGAUUUCGAGGAGUAUCUCACCUGCCACCCCCCUGAGUCUGACUGCGAAGUCCUCAGAGAUCUGUAUGACUUCCCCGCUGAUGACAUUGAGGUCUUAUAUGAGCCCAGAGAAUGCCGCACACUGGAGCCAGCAGCUCCGGAGGAGGGGAAGCUGGAUGCUCGGGUCCGUGAUGCACUAAAAGUUUAUACCCAUGACUGGGUGAUUGUACAGAGGAGGUCUCAGCGACUAAGCACGGCGUACACUCCCAUCACCGCCGAACGCCAGCGACAGCGGCAGAAAGCUCUGAACCGGCAGCUGUAUGAGCUGGAUGAGGCCUCAGAGGAGAGGGGGGCUCCCGAGGAGCAGGAGGAAAAAAAAAGAGCGUCUGUGUCCAUGGAUGAGACCCCCCGGGGCAGCUGGGCUUCUAGUAUAUUUGACCUGAAGAACUCUGCUCAAGAUCCAUUACUGCCAGGUCUGCUGGAGAGGACACCACCAGAAGAGGUGGACAAGAUGAAUGAGGAGCGGCGCAGAGAGAACCGACACCAUCAUAUCUUGGCUCUGUAUCCGGCUCCUGAUGAGGAUGAAGCAGUGGAGAGAUCCACCUUUCCUGAGGUGCCCAAGGAGCACUUUGGUCAGAGGAUCCUGGUGAAAUGCAUAUCACUGAAGUUUGAAAUAGAAAUCGAGCCAAUAUUUUGUGUUAUGGCCCUUUAUGAUGCCAAAGAAAAGAGGAAAAUAUCCGAAGCGUUCCAUUUCGACCUGAAUACUGACACGGUGAAGAACAUGCUGCGGGCACCAGGUGGACACUCAGCACCCUCCACCUUGGCAAGAUCAGCCAUCUUCUCCAUCACAUACCCAUCUCCUGACAUAUAUCUCGUCAUCAAGCUGGAGAAGGUUCUACAGCAGGGAGACAUCGGAGAAUGCUGUGAGCCAUACAUGGUCUUAAAGGAAAGUGAUGGCCUCAAGAAUAAGGAAAAGGUGGACAAACUGAGGGGCCAAGCGGAACAGUUCUGCUCCCGGCUAGGCCGGUAUCGCAUGCCCUUUGCUUGGACAGCCAUUCACCUAAUGAAUAUCGUGAACAGCAUGGGGACAGCUGAUCGUGACUCGGACUCUGAUGGUGAACGAAAGGGCACAUGGAACGAGAAGAAGAGGAAAGCCUUUGAGCGGCUCAGUGUUGGGGAAGAAGUUUGUGGAUUUAACUCUUUCCGGCCAGCAACUCUCACAGUCACAAACUUCUUCAAGCAGGAAGGAGACCGUCUGAGCGAUGAAGAUCUCUACAAGUUCCUGGCUGACAUGAAGAGGCCAUCAACUGCAUUACGCAGAUUACGGCCAGUGACAGCCCAACUCAAGAUUGACGUCUCUCCUGCUCCUGAGAUGCCGCAGUUUUGCCUGUCUCCAGAGCUGCGUCAUGUUAAGCCGUACCCCGACCCUCGUGUCCGUCCUACCAAAGAGAUCCUGGAGUUCCCCCCUCGGGAUGUCUUCUCACCGUACUCCUCCUACAGGAACCUUCUGUACGUUUAUCCACGGUCCCUUAACUUCAGCAGCCGCCAAGGUUCUGUGCGGAAUAUUGCAGUGAAGGUCCAGUUCAUGGCUGGGGAGGACCCCAAUCAAGCUUUGCCGGUGAUAUUUGGGAAGUCGAGUUGCAGCGAGUACUACAGCGAGGUGUACACUGCUGUGGUAUACCAUAAUAAAUCUCCGGAGUUCUAUGAAGAAUUCAAAAUGAAAAUUCCUGGAAACCUGACCGAAAACCAUCAUCUUCUCUUCACUUUUUACCAUGUGAGCUGCCGGCAGAACCAGACUUCCGCCUUGGAGACUCCUGCUGGCUAUACGUGGAUCCCACUCAUGCAGCAUGGCAGACUUCGCUCAGGAGCCUUCUCCCUCCCAGUGUCUGUGGAAAAGCCUCCACCCAGCUACUCAGUGCUGACCCCUGAUGUCCAGCUCCCGGGAAUGAAAUGGGUGGACAAUCACAAACCUGUGUUCAUGGUGGAUUUGGUGGCCGCUUCUUCGGUGCACACACAGGACCCCUACUUGGACAAGUUCUUCACACUGGUCCAGGUCUUGGAGGAGCAGAGCUUUCCGUUCCGCCUGAAGGACGUCAUCAUUUCAGAAAGCAACGUGGAGUCAGAACUGAAGAGUAGCAUGGGGAACCUGCGUUUGGCUGCUCUCGGACCAGCAGUGUGUUUCUGCCACCAGCUGCUGGACAAGUUGAUAUUACUGAUUGUCCGACCCCCUAUUAUAGCAGGACAGAUAGUGAAUUUAGGCCGAGCAGCUUUUGAGGUGUUGGCUUUACUGGUAAGCCAGAUCCAUCGCACUCUGGAGUCCUGUCAAGAUCAACAUGGCAGGAAUGCCCUCCUGGCGUCCUAUCUCCACUAUGCUUUCCACCUGCCCAGCGACAUGCCAGCCCAGCUGCACAGCUCUCUGGCCAAUGCUUCAGCCUCGUCUACAGUUCAUUCAGCUACUCUCUCCCGUGCCACGGGGCGGCCAAGCAGCCUCAACCUUUCCCGCUGCCGCAGUAUUAGUAACAGUAACCCCGAUUUGACCAGCACUCCGGGAUCCACGGAUGACGAGGAGGUGCAGAAGAUCAUGGGAGGGAAGGGUAUUGAUCGCUCUCACUCUUGGGUGAACUCUGCUUACUGUCCAGGUGGUCCGAAAUCGGUGCAGCGCCGGGCCCAGCCCAGCUCCAACACGGAGCUCCGACAGAACAAUGAGCGAAGUCCAAACCGCAUGUCCACCUACGUGGAGGGGGAAGUGUCCUCCACCCUGCCUCGCCUCACUGCUAAAAAGCUGUUGCAUGAAGAACUGGCCCUGCAGUGGGUGGUGAGCGGCACUCCAGUCCGAGAAGCAGCUCUGAGUCAAGCUUGGUUCUUCUUCCAGCUCAUGACAAAGAGCAUGUCUCUGCAUCUUUAUAACUCCGAGCGGCUGGACGCACCCAGAAAACAGCGAUUCCCAGAGAGAUUUGUAGAUGAUAUAUCCGCCCUGGUGUGCAACGUCUGCACGGAGAUCGCCAGCCGAUACCUCAAGGAUGCUGAGCUGGCUGAACGCAUUAACAUCAGUCUUGCUUUCUUCCUCAAUGAUCUUUUGUCCCUGAUGGAUCGCAGCUUUGUCUUUGGCCUCAUACGCUCGUAUUAUAAACAGAUUAACAAUAAAUUGUCAAAGGCUCAGAACCCGAAUGUGUUGAUCUCUCUGCGUAUGGAUUUGAUUCGCAUCGUGUGCUCGCAUGAACAUUACGUCCCCUUAAACCUGCCCUGCAGCCGCCUUUCACCACCCAAUUCUCCCUCGCCCUCCAUCUCUUCCACCACAUCUCAGAGCUCCAUGCUUUCCAGUCCAGCCCAGGACAAGACCAUCACUAAUAUGUUUGAGCUGUCAGUGCCGUUCAGACAGCAGCACUUCCUGUCAGGUCUGAUCCUGGCAGAACUGGCACUCAUACUGGAGCCUGACGUGGAAGGGGUGUUCUUUCUCCAGAAGAAAUCUAUCAGCACUCUGCACAACCUCCUCUGCAGCCACGACAUGGACCCGCGCUACUCCGAGCUGGCGGUCAAGCAGAGCAUUUCCCGUCUUUAUCUCCCUCUGAUUGGCAUCGUCAUGGAAACUCUCCCCCAUCUAUACGACUUCACGGAGCCACAUUCCCAGAGGGUGCGUCAUGCCUCCGCUAUGGCAGACGAAGUGGACUCAGACAGCGGCACCAUCAGUCAGACCGUGGCCAUGGCAAUCGCUGGGUCUCCAUUACCGACCCCACAGAAGACGACAAGUUUCCCUCUCCCGCAAGCUCCUAUGCGCACCAGUGGUGUGCUCUCUGCGGAGUCCAGCCGCAAUCUCUUGGUGUGUGCACUCUGGGUGCUGAAGAACGCCGAGCAAGAUUGUCUGCAGCGCUGGUUUUCCAGCCUGUCUGUAGCACAACUGACCCGUCUCCUGGAACUGAUGAGUGUGUGUGUAUCCUGCUUCCAGUACAAGGGUAAAAAGGCAUUUGAACGUAUUAACAGUCUGACGUUUAAGAAAUCCCUCGAUAUGAAGGCUCGGCUGGAGGAGGCCAUUCUUGGCACCAUUGGUGCCCGUCAGGAUAUGGUGAAACGUAGUAGAGAGCGCAGCCCAUUCGGUAAUCAAGAAAAUGUACGAUGGAGAAAGAACGUCACGCAGUGGAAGCCAAGCAGUGAGAAGACAGAGAAGACACAUGCAGAGCGAGAACUUGAGAUCACAGUCGAUGGAAAUAUGGCGGCCGAGGCUAACCUGGUGGUACUUGACACACUGGAGAUCAUUGUCCAGACAGUCGUGCUGUCUGAGAUGAAGGAGAGCAUUUUGGGAGGCGUGCUGAAGGUUCUGUUACACAGCAUGGGCUGCAACCAGAGUGCCCUGUAUCUGCAACACUGCUUCACCAGCCAGAGGGCGCUAGUGUGCAAGUUUCCAGAGAUGCUGUUUGAAGAUGACACUGAACUGUGCUCUGAUCUCUGUCUCCGCCUCCUGCGCCAUUGCAGCAGCUGUAUCAGCAGCGUUCGGACACAUGCCAGCGCUUCCCUCUACCUCCUUAUGAGACAAAACUUUGAGAUUGGAAAUAACUUUGCCCGUGUGAAGAUGCAGGUCACCAUGUCCCUAUCUUCAUUGGUGGGGACCUCUCACACGUUCAGCGAGGAGUACCUACGACGAUCUUUGAAGACCAUCCUGACUUACUCUGAGGAGGACCUGGAUUUAAGAGACACCACAUUCCCAGAACAAGUUAAGGAUCUGGUAUUCAAUCUACACAUGAUCCUAACAGACACAGUGAAAAUGAAGGAGCAUCUAGAAGACCCUGAGAUGUUGAUGGAUUUAAUGUACCGAAUUGCCAAGGGUUAUCAGAACUCUCCAGAUCUGCGUCUGACAUGGCUACAAAACAUGGCCGCCAAGCACAGUGAGCGGGCGAACCACGCAGAGGCAGCACACUGCCUGGUACAUGGGGCGGCUCUGGUGUCGGAGUAUCUCAGCAUGCUGGAGGACGCCAGGCACCUGCCAGUGGGAUGUGUCAGUUUCCAGAGCAUCUCCUCCAACAUUCUGGAAGAGUCCGCUGUGUCAGAUGAUGUAGUUUCACCAGAUGAAGAAGGAAUUUGUACUGGGAAGUAUUUCACGGAGGCCGGGCUCGUUGGUCUGCUUGAGCAAGCGUGUGCAAGCUUGUCUAUGGGUGGGCUGUUUGAGGCAGUGAAUGAAGUCUAUAAAGUUCUCAUACCCAUUUAUGAAGCAAGUCGGGACUACAAGAAGCUAGCCGUGGUCCAUGGGAAGUUACAGGAUGCGUUCAACAAGAUCACCAAUCAGAUCACGGGCUGGGAGAGAAUGUUCGGGACAUAUUUCCGCGUCGGAUUUUAUGGUUCUAAAUUUGGAGACCUGGACGAGCAAGAAUUUGUUUACAAAGAGCCAUCUAUUACCAAACUGGCCGAGAUCUCCCACCGCCUAGAGGAGUUCUACACUGAUCGGUUUGGUGAAGGGAUAGUUCAGGUCGUAAAGGAUUCGAACCAUGUAGACAAAACCAAACUGGACCCAAACAAGGCCUUCAUCCAGAUCACCUAUGUGGAGCCGUAUUUCGACACUUACGAGUUGAAGGAUCGCGUCACCUACUUUGAUAAAAACUACAACCUACGGACAUUCCUGUUUUGUACUCCAUUUACUCUGGAUGGUCGGGCACAUGGUGAUCUCCACGAGCAGUACAAGCGCAAGACUGUGAUCACCACAUCACAUGCUUUUCCAUACAUCAAGACCCGGGUGAAUGUAGUACAUCGAGACGAGGUGGUAUUAAUACCAGUUGAGGUUGCCAUUGAAGACAUGCAGAAGAAAACACAGGAGCUGGCUUUUGCUACCCAUCAGGACCCAGCGGAUGCCAAGAUGCUGCAAAUGGUGCUCCAGGGUUGUGUGGGGACGACAGUUAACCAGGGUCCCCUGGAGGUGGCCCAAGUGUUUCUCGCAGAGAUUCCUGAGGACCCCCGUCUGUACAGACAACACAACAAACUGAGACUCUGCUUCAGAGACUUCACCAAGAGGUGUGAGGAUGCAUUGCGGAAAAACAAAACGUUGAUUGGUCCAGACCAGAGGGAGUAUCACCGGGAGCUGGAGAGGAAUUACCAUCGUCUCAAGGAAGCUCUCGGCCCUUUAACAUCUCGCCGGAUCUCACAGCUGUACACAGAUCUGCUCCCGCACACCAGUGCAAGGGACUCCCUGACCCGCACCAGUCUACGGAGAGUUGAAGCUUGAGUGCCUCGAGAUGUCAUCAACCCACCACCUUCCAGACAUACCACUAGGGGGCGCCGACAUUGUCACUGCCUG